CCCCCCCCCCCCCGGUCGUCCGUCGCUUCCUCUGCUUUCCGAUUAAAGCUCCGGUUCUUAAAUGCUGUUUUCCCUCCGACCAGACUCGACGCGAGCGCAAGUGAGCGGCGGCCGCGGACGCGUUUGGAGUCGCCGGCGGCGUGCAUGUGUGUUGUUUCUGUUUGUGCGCGUGCUACAAUCCCCGUGAGAGACGAAGCUGCGAUGUGCCUUGGAUCGACGCCACACCACCAAAAACUCGCACCGAGAACCUUUUUUUCUUUCUUUCUUUGUGGUUUUUGUUCUGGCAGACGACAACGCGUCUGACAUCCGACUGCUUUUUUAUUCUGUUGAUCAAACGAAAUGCACUUUCUAUUUUACUCACUCACUAGAAAAGUCGCAUUCUUCUUUUGCUAGUUGAUUAAACGGAGCUUGAAAACGACCCGCCUGGUGUCUGUGUGUGCGCGUCUCGCCUCAGGUCCCCGCGGAGCGAGGAGCCGCGCCUGGAGCCCCCGGCGCGUGAGUACGAGUGACGUCACUGACCCGUUACCUUCUCCUCAAACGAGGCUCCGCUCACACAGUUACUGAAUAUUUUCAGACCGCUGCUGCGAUGGAUGGGUUUGACGCGCGCUGGUCACGUGAGCUGACGCGCGUGCGUUCGAUGACGUCAGAAAACGCAGCGAGUCCGGAGCUACAAACUCAUGAAUCAACGAAACUCGGAGCAUCAACUGAACGUCACGUGUUUGUCAUGUCGACUCUUGAAGUUUGUGACCAAAAUAGAGAGUGGCGAUUUGUCUUCGCUGCGUUGUGAUGUUCACGGUUCUUCAAUAAUCCACAAGACCGGACUCGUCCUCCGUUUCUUCUCCGCCUGCUUCUCUUUGGGGGUUCGUCCCGGCUGAAGACGACUUGGGUGACUCGCGCACGCAGCCGCCGGUUCCGGGAGCCAUGUUGCUGGAGGUCCAGACGUCCGUCCUGCGAGGCUGCGUGCCUCCGGGCGAGGAGCCGCGCUGGCAGCGGGACGUGUUCAGCUCCGCAGAGUCAGGCUCAGCGCUGGAGUCUUUGAUGAGCGGGGACCUGGUGGCCGUCCUGCGGAGCCCAAGGGUGUUGGACCUGCUGAUGGGGGGUGGCGACUCCGUGGAGGGGGAGGACGUCGAGGCUUUUCUGGAGCGACGGAUCAUCAAGUACCUGAGUGAGGCACCGGAGGAUGUGGACAGGAAGCUGCUGGUGUUGGCCCUCACUGUGUCCUGCAUCCACAUGUUCGUGCAGAGUAACUGGACCGGACCUCCGCUCUCCAUCGACCUGUCGGAGCUGUUGCCUGCGUCUCUCCACUCCUCUCAGGAGUCCAUUCACUCCAGCCUGCUGCUGGACGGAGAGUCGGUGUACAGCCUGGUGUCCAACCCCGUCCUGCUGCUGCUGGCCAGAGUCGUCCUCACCAAGUGCUCGCACCUUCUGAGCGACCUGCAGCUGCUGCCCUGGUGGACCGUUCGCUAUGUCAGCCUGCACCAGCAGAUCCUGGAGGCUCGUUCUCAGCAGCUCUUCAGUCUGGCCCAGAGCAGCAUGCAGGAAGUUCUGGGUCGCCAGUCUCUGCUGACCCACCAGAGGAAUCUGUUGAUCCAGUUCCACCUGGAGUGCGUCUACACGUGUUUGAGCUACUACGAGUACCAGCCUGCCAAAGAGCACAUCAACAGAGCCGUGGAGCUGGCCGGCCUGGCCGUCAACACCACAGGAGCGCUGGGCAAACGCACUCGGUUUCAGGAGAACUACCUGGCUCAGAUGAUCCUGGAGGUGAGGCGGCUGCAGGACCAGACGGGUUCUGACCUGAGUCCCAGUCCGACUCCAGCCUCCAGCCUGCCCAAGGACUACAGUCUGGGCGACGACACUCUGCUGGACAAGAUCAGUUUGGCCGAGCCGGAUCAGUUUCAGCUGCCGGACCUGCUGGCGGAGGAACAGGCGGUGAUCCUGGGACUGUGCACUGACUUCCAGAAGAACAACCCGGUCCACAAGCUCACGUCAGAGGAGCUGCUGGCCUUCACAACGACGCUUCUCUCUCAGCCCAAGUUCUGGGCCGUGCAUGUGGCGGCGCUCUUCCUCCGGACCAAACUGGAGCGAGGGAAGACUCGCUUUGUGGAGAGAGCCAUGAUGCAGACCCAGGCCAUCGCAGACCACUUUGAGAACCAGAGCUGUCCUGUGACUGAGCGCCUGAAGGUCUUCUACUGCUGCCAGGCUCCGACCAGAUGGGUGGUCCAGAAGCAGCUGAGCAGCCUGAUGAUCGACCUCGGCUGCCUGAGCUCCGCCUUGCUCAUCUACGAGAAGCUGGAGCUCUGGGAGGACGUCGUCAUCUGCUACGAGAAGCUCGGCAAGCACGGCAAGGCGGAGGAGAUCAUCCGCCAGGAGCUGGCGAAGAAGGAGACGCCGAGCCUCUACUGCCUCCUGGGGGACGUCCUGAGGGACCACCAGUACUACGACCGGGCCUGGGAGCUGUCGGGCGGCCGCAGCGCCAGAGCCAUGCGAUCCAAGGCUCUGCUGCACCUCCGCGCCAAAGAGUUCCAGCAGUGUGCCGACUGCUUCGAGCUGUCGCUGAAGAUCAACCACAUGCAGCUGGGCGUCUGGUUCUCCCUGGGUUGUGCGUACUUCGCCCUGGAGAGCUGGGAAGGGGCUGCCAAGGCUUUCCAGAGAUGUGUGGAACUGGAACCUGAUAAUGCAGAAGCCUGGAACAACCUGUCGUCGGCGCACAUCCGCCUGAACAGGAAGACCAAAGCCUUCCGCUCGCUGCAGGAGGCCCUGCGCUGCAACUACGAGCACUGGCAGAUCUGGGAGAACUACAUCGGCGUGAGCGUGGACGUGGGAGAGUUCCGGGAAGCGGUGAGGGCGUACCACCAGCUGAUGGAGCUCAAGGAGAACUACAAGGACAUGCAGGUCCUCAAGAUCCUUGUCCGGGCGGUUGUGGAGAACCUGCCCGACAGCCAGGGAGCACCGGCGGCCUCUCUUGGUCCCAAACUGAGGGAGCUGCUGGGACGGGUCAGUGCCCGCCACAGCAGCGACGCUGAAGUCUGGCACCAGUACGCCCAGCUGUAUGGCGGCGGACGCAGCGCAAACAUGGAGGAGAACGAGAAGGCACUUCACUUCCUCAACAAAGCUCAUCGCUGCACACUGCAAGCCAGCGGGUGGGAGAAAGACCCGGCGGCCCUCAAGACCAUAGUGGAGAAGGCCGUGGCCCUCGGAGAAGCUACCAUCAGCUGCUGCAAGACAAAAAGCAAUCCUUCAGAAGCUCUCCAGAUGUUGUCCUCUGCUCGGCUCAGUCUCAGGAGUUUGUCCACCAAAGCCAAGCAAACACACACAGACGUGCUGACGGGUCAGCUGCACCAGGACCUGCAGGACGGCGUCGCUGACCUGGACAGACUGGUCACAGAGCUGCAGGAACUGGCCGGGAACCUGCGCAACACCAGCUGACUGACCUGUGGAUCGGUGUUUUUAUGUCUGUAAGAUAACUUUGUAUUCGUCAGGUCACCAUGAGAGGCAAGACCACAAUAAAUAGCUGGACCCAACGUGCAUGUCAACCCUUCGUUCCCAGCGUGUCCUGGCUCGGCCCUGGGGCCUCCACCCUGUCCACUCACACCUGAGGAUCUUGAUGCUGCUUCUUUUCUCACACACACACAGAACAAUUGUGUGUGUGUUUCCAGCCUUCACACUCCCGUGACACUGCCUCUCAGGAUCCAUACAAACAUCGUCUGAGCAGGCCCGGCUCCUCGAGGAGCAGCUGCACUCGUACACACUCACAGAAUUCCUGGCAUGUUUCGGUGAUGUCACCCCUCCAUUACAUCACUCAUUUAGCUUGCCUGAAGAGCUCAGACGCGCUCAUAAGCUUCUCACGUUCAGUGCUGUCUGACUGAACUGCUCCUCUGACUGAAUAUGAUGGGAAUUGAACCCACAGCCAUGUGUCUGUACCGUCAUGUUACAUCUGGUACAACUGUUGCGCUGCCGU